AUGACCGAGUUUGAGCAAUUUUCUUUCACGGAAAGGAGCGCGGGUACAGUUGGACCCGCCCAGCUUCAAGGACCCAGGCCACACAACCAGCUCAUUCCGCUAUUAUCUGUGGCUCAGCAAUACGAUGUGGACCUCCUUUCCAUCACAUGGCAACCCGCUCGUGGAGCGCUAGGCAGGGGCGCUGAAGCUGAAGUGAAUCAAUCCGAAGUUCAGCUGAACAUCAACCUGGCAUUCAAGAAUAUGUCACUGCUUUCAAAAGCGUCAAUCAGCGAGAAGGGAAAAAGUAUUGAAGAUAUGAAGAGGGAGAUCAGCAUCCUUUACCAACCAUUGGUACAUGAGUCUCCCAACAUCAUUGACCUCGAAGGUAUAAGCUGGCGCAUUGAGGAAACCAAGGCGUGGCCGGUCUUUGUCUACAAAAGAGGGAUAAUGCUAUCGGACUUUCUCGCAGAGCGCGCAAAGAAAAAUCCCUUGUCCAUGGAUGAGAAGCUUGACCUCUGCACGGGCAUUUGCGCUGGGCUUGAGGUGCUCCAUAGAUCAGGAAUUGUCCAUGCCGACCUCAAACCCGAGAACAUCAUUGCCGUGCCGGAGGACAGGAAUCAGGCCGCUCUCUGCUGCGAGCUCGCACUGGGAACCGAGAGGGACUUGACUGCCCGGGACACCUUCUUGGCUCUUGGUGGCAAGGAUAAAACUGUGUACGAGGCUAUCGUCGCUGGGAUGAAAGAGCCGCACCAGCCAUCGUCACGAAGCACGCUCCCGUAUUUCCUCCGACCUGAUCUUGUGCACGAGUAUCAAAGAAGGAAAGAGCUAGAAGCCGCGUCCGAGCAUCUGGAUCGGGAGAUUGGUGGGAGGAAGCUGUUUUUCAUCGAGAGCCAGCACCAUCCUCUCAUCACCGUUCUCCAAAGCUGCCUCGCCCACGUCUGGAAUGCAUCUGGCAGGUUGAGUGAUGCUGCGUCUCUCCAGUCAGAGAUAGUCGAGUCGAACCGGCAGUACUACGGCGAAAAUCACCCAGAGACUAUUGGGGCACUGGCACAAUUGGCCAUCUUCCAGGACGAUCUGGGUCAUACGAAGCUGGCAAUAGAAAUUUGCGAGAGCGUUGUCGCCUCAAGCAGGAAAAAUCUGUCCCCCGACGAUCCAUAUCUCCUUACAGCCAUGGCCAAUCUCGCCAGGAUCUAUUUGCAUGCCGGCAGAUUUACAGAAGCGGAGGCUCUUCAGGAGGAGACUGUCGAAAAGCACGAAGAGCUGUUGGGGCCCGAGCAUCCCAACACUAUGAGAUGCUGGCUUAACUUGGCUGCCAUUUACGAUCGUCGUCCAGUGCCAAGGGUAAAGGAGGCGAGCAGGAUCACUGCGAUGAUUGCAAAGCGCCAAAUUGAAACUCAAGGAAAUAUGCAUCGGGAUGCCCUGCUCGCGGAGACGUAUUCUGCCCUUAGCGAGAAAAGUAAUAGCUUGGCUACUCAUGAGAUAUUGGCAAGGCAGACGGACCUUCACCAUCAGGCUGAGUCUUUGCUCGCCGACGACGACCCCGAUAGGUGGUUGAUCGCUACCAACUUGGCCUCGACUCAAGCUGACCUCGGUGAAUGGGACUCGGCUGAGAAGCUAUUCAAAGAGGCAAUCGAUCAUCUGGAGCUCAUCCUUCCCCCUGGCCAUCGGGAGAUCGUCCGAGUCACGGCUUUGUUCGGCGAGAAGCACCAAAACGCGGGGCUGUUUGCUGCAGGCGAGAAGCUCCUCUACAAGGCCAUGGAGCAAGACCGAGUCGCGGAUCAAUACUCGGACGAUGGCGUGCGAGCCUUAACGGCCAUCGGAAUAUCACGCUGGGAGCAGGGAAGGAGAGAGGAUGCGAAGGACAUUUUCGAGCGUGUCGUUGACAUUGUGCGGAGUCAGUGGGACAUUGGCAUUGAGUCUCAUCCUACCCGAACAGCCAUGUCCUACCUUGCCGACAUGUAUAUCGAAGACGGUGAUGCAAAGAAAGGCUUGGAUUUUCACGAGAGGCUAGUUCAAUGGUUCAUUAACGACCAAGGCCCGCACUCGUUGUUUGCCAUUAGGACCCAGUCAAACAUGGCCAUGGCUCGGAUGGAAGCUGGUUUGCCCCUCCAGCCCUCCAUCGAUCUCCUGACCGAACUCAUCCAAAGAUCCAAAGAACAUUUGGGACCAAGUCAUGGUAUGACACGUAUAAUUCAGCUAAACCUCGGGGGAGUUCUGGGCAGGAAUGGCGAGUACGAGAGAGCCAUCGCUGUUGGAGAAGCUCUCCUAGCCUCACUUGCUGAAGACCCCGCCUCAUCGUUGAUAGACCCGCUGGAUGCCAUGCAAGAUCUGGCUGUUCACUACGUGCAAGCAGGAAAGCCUCUUGAAGCCAGAGCGCUGCAUGUGCGCAUCUCCGAAGCGCAGAGGUCCAGUCCAGACUCCCCCUCAAAAUUUCGUCAGAUGCACAAUUUUGCAAAUCUCUGCCAUGACGAGAACGAUUUGGCAAUGGCAAUCUCUCAUCAGCGCGACUUGUUGAAGAGGCAAAAGCUAUACUAUGGUGAUGCGGAUCGGGAGGCUUGGGAUAGUACCUACUAUCUGGCGUACUACUUGAGUGACGAUCCCACACAGCUUGACGAGGCAUUGGAGCUUUCCCUGGGCGCUUGGUCCUUCUUUGUCGAGACUCUGGGCUAUCAACAUGAGAAGACGAUCAAUGCCGCAGGUCUUGCCGGGUGUAUUUACGCUGCAAAAGGGCAGAAAGAAGAUGCACGAAUCAUGUACGAGAGAGAGCUGGAAGGCUCAAGAGCCAUGGGGAAUAGCAAGGUUGAAGAGUAUGUUGAACAUGCACUCAAGCAUCUCGCUGCUCUAGAUGAGUAA